AAACCACUGUGCGGUGGUUCGUUUCAUAGAGCAUGCGUCGGAAUUUUCUCUAAUUAAUUCAUUUCUUUGUGUGCGCCUGUGUAUGUGAGUCGAGUGUAUGCAUGUGUGUGAGAGCAAGCCCCGCUCUCUGGCGGUCUGCGGCGCAGUGCGUGGCUCGGUCAAAAUCAGUUGGUGCAAUGCCGGCCUAGAACGAGCUGCUUGACUCCAUAUUAGCUCCGUCAUUAACUCUCAUCAUUAUUUUGUUACGUUUUUUUUUCUGUUUGUUGCUUGUUUGCCUAAUGUGCGCUGCGAUUGGCAGUCAAUAAACUGAAAAAGCUGAAAGGAAGACAAGUGUUGUAAAGGACUGCAAUUAGUGAACAUGUGCCAGCCCGCCGCAGCUUAGCGAUGAAUCUGAUACUGCCACCACUGGCAGCUGCUCUGCGACUGCAGUUGUUGUUUUUGUUAUUAGUGCUGCUGCUGAUUUGCCGCUGGGAAUUGGUGCUGCCGAUGCCGUUACCCCCCGUGCGUCGCAAUAUAAUCAAGGUGCGUGCGAGUGGCUUCUUGCCAUUCGAAUCGGAUCUGGUGCUGCCGUUGGGCAUCCUGCGCCAGCUGCAAGCACAGGAGCGUAUCUCGCGUGUGCUGCCGCCCGCUCGCUACGCCAAGCCGGUGCGCCGGAAAACGAAGCCAAAGGUCAAGCAACAGGUGCGCCUGGAGCGCGCCCACAUGCGAGGCGGAGCCGACGCGGAUGCAGGCAUCCAGCUGUACAAUCUGAUCGACGACGAUGGCGAGCUGCUGCUCAGUCUGCGCGUGCACAGCGACACCAAGAGCAACAGUCACAGUCACGGCAAGAGCAACAACAACAACUUAGAUGGGGACAUGAGCGCGCCCUGGCGACCAUCGAGAUGGCGACCCACAACAAGCCUUCCGCUGAUAACAUCAUCCUCGCCGCGCCCACUGCCUCUGCAUCAGUAUCUGAGCAGUGGGAAUAGCGUGGAGCAGGCUCCCAUGACGCAACAGCGACGCAUGUUUGGAGCUCGUCCAGAUUGGAUCUACCACUGACAAGCGAACCCCAUCUUUCAUGAAAAAUCUCUAAUCUAUUUUCAACACACACACACACACACACACAUUUGUCAAACACACCUUCACCAGCACACACACA